AUGAAGGAAGGCAAUCAGUCACAUGUGACUGAAUUCAUUCUUUUGAGCUUCUCCAAUCUUCAUGAAUUUCAGGUAUACCUGUUUAUGAUUUCACUUGUGAUAUACCUAAUAGCCUUGAUGGGAAACUCCCUCUCAGUGCUGGUCUCCUCGGUUGAUCCUGCCUUUCAAACUCCCAUGUACUAUUUCCUCAGCAGUCUGUCCCUAAUGGAUAUAGGCUGCACUACUGCCAUCAUCCCCAAAAUGCUCAACAAUUUCCUGUCCAAGAAUCAAAAUAUUUCCUUUGGUGGCUGUGCAGCCCAGAUGUAUUUCUCCUUCUUUUUUGGAGCCUCGGAUUGUUGGAUCCUGACAACGAUGGCUUAUGAUAGACAUGCAGCCAUCUGUGACCCACUCCGUUAUUCUCUCAUUAUGAACCGGGAGCUCUGUCUACAGCUGGACCUGGCUUCCUGGCUAUCAGAGAUUCCUGUGGCAACAGUACAGACUACAACGAUGUUUACAUUGCCCUUCUGUCGGCCUCACGUAAUUAACCAUUUCUUCCAUGGCCCUCCUCUCUUAGAGCUGGUGUGCACAGACACCUUCGCGUUUGAGGUGUAUGAUGUAACCGGAACUGUUAUCGUUCUGAUGCUCCCCUUUGGAUUGAUCAUUGUAUCUUACAUCCACAUCCUCGUCACCAUCCUGAAGAUGUCAACACUUCAGCUGGAAAGCCCCAGGACAGCUCACCCGGAGUUUCUAGAAUCAGGAAAAUCCCUGGGCAGUGCAUCCACUCCCAGGGUCCACCCCGCCCCAAUGAGCCGGCCAGGUGCCCAGUGCGGGGUGAGCCUCAAGAGCAAGGACACCCUUUUUAUACACUACUUUCACCUGCGUGAGUAA